CAGGAAGAAAACAUAGAAGAAGUUAAAUCCUGGCAUUCAGAGUGCAGUUGUUAUACUUUAUAAAUAACAGAAAGCAUUAAUUCGAAACGGUUUGGAAGCUCAGCGUCUCCACCUCUUCUCAGAAUUGAAAGCAACAUUUCACACAAGGAGACUGACAGAAAACAAAGGCUGUAAUUGCGUAAUAUUGGCCAGCUCUGCAAAAGGUGAGAAAACCUUUUAAGUCUUGAAGGCUUAUGCAAUGGAGGGGAGAGUUCAACUUAAUACCCGAAGUACUAGUAAAGCACAGGGACUGGACUUCUUUGGAUACCUGACUCUUGCUCUUCCGCUGAGAAAGUCGACUCUUCUAUCUCUAUGGUAAAGGCCCAAGACUCGUUCCCGCCACAGAGUUGCGGCGUAGGGGCUCGGCGGAGAGAUGGGGGCGCUGGCGUCGACUCUCUCCCAUUUCUGCCCUACUGCUCUUUCCUGGUGGAGAUGCUCUAGGUUUGCAGCCUCAGCUCUAUGAUGUGGGGAGGUGUUUGCCUUUUGUUCCCAAUAGGGUUUCUACAGCUUGCUUUCUUCCGGGGUGGGCGGGAGACGAUUGUGAUUAUGGCGGACAGGGAAGGGAGCUCAGAUCCUGAGCCUUGCGCUCCUCAUCUGGAGACGGAAGGCGAGGCUGCCGGGGAUGGCGAGUUGGAGUGUGGAGCACCCCAGGAAUUCAACGGCAACGUGCUUUAUAGUUAAAGAUGUAUACGAUUAUUUCCGAGCUGUUCUGCAACGCGAUGAAAGGAGCGAAAGAGCUUUCAACUUAACUGGGGAUGCCAUUGAUCUUAAUGCCGCAAACUACACUGUGUGGCAUUUCCGCCGGGUUCUUCUGCAGUCCUUGAACAAAGAUCUACAUGAGGAACUCAGUUAUAUCACAGCGAUCAUUGAAGAUCAGCCAAAGAAUUAUCAAGUCUGGCACCACAGACGAGUGUUGGUGGAAUGGCUGAAGGAUCCAUCCCAAGAACUUGAAUUUAUAGCAGACAUUCUUAACCAGGAUGCCAAGAACUACCAUGCAUGGCAGCAUAGGCAGUGGGUCAUUCAGGAAUUUAAACUGUGGGAUGAUGAAUUGGAAUAUGUUGAACAGCUAUUGAAAGAAGAUGUCAGAAACAAUUCUGUCUGGAACCAAAGAUACUUUGUAAUUUCAAACACAACUGGUUACAAUGAUCCAGCUGUUCUAGAGAGAGAAGUCCAGUAUACCCUAGAAAUGAUCAAGAUGGUGCCUCAUAAUGAAAGCGCUUGGAACUAUUUGAAAGGGAUUCUGCAGGAUCAUGGCCUUUCAAAAUACCCAAACCUCUUAGAGCAGUUGCUGGAAUUGCAGCCAAGUCACAGUUCCCCUUACCUGAUUGCCUUCUUGGUGGACAUUUAUGAAGACAUGCUGGAAAACGAGUGUGAAAACAAGGAAGCAACUCUCAACAAAGCAUUAGAGCUAUGUGAAAUCCUGGCUAAAGAAAAAGACAUAAUCCGGAAGGAAUACUGGAGAUACAUUGGAAGAUCCCUUAAGAUUAAACAUAGUCCAUGUGAUAAGCAGAACGUGCCAACUGAAAAUGAUCAUCAGUAACUUCAUGUAAGGGGGAAAGAACAUGGCAUUCAGCUCUGGGUGAACUACAGGAACUCUUGAGAGCGGAGAGAGCUAGACAGGCAAUUAAACAGAGUGGUGUUCCCCACCUUCUUCCCAAAAUACGUUGUGAUUAUAUAUUACUAUAGACGUAUUGCUUCUAACCACGCAAGGAGUGCAAAGCACUCUGCAUAACAAACUGACCCAUGGUUACUGCUGCUAUACACAUUAACUGUGGGGUGGUCCAAAGCACUGUGCAUUUAAAGACAGCAAUUACUUGAAUUGUACCAAAUAAAGGAAUUGUUUUCAUAUUAUGUGAAUAAUGCUGUACUAGUGAUUUUAAUGCCCCAAAUUGGUUCCCAGCCUUGGCCUCCACAAAGUGGUCCCUGUUCUCAUAAAGCAAGCGCAUGUAAGAUUCUGGAUGUAUUUGAGUUGGAUUGCAGAGUCCUUCUGUACAGAAGAUAUACAGAGUAACUUAAUUUUAGUUACUGUAAGGAAGGAAUGCAGUUGUAUAUUGGAGCAGCUAUGCAACACUGACUUGUGUUUUCAUUGUAUCCAGCUAAUUGCAUCAGUAAUUUGUAAUAAAACGUAUAGAACCUGUACAGUGA